CAGAACCGUUGCGCGCCGAUGUUUUCUUCCAUACUUUGUUAAUCCUUGUUGGGUUUAGGGCUGAUGACGUCAAACACAUGAUGCACACGAGGCGGGAACAAAAAGGUUCUGUCGUUUGUUGACAUUGACCACUAAUGCUACGGCGAUGACGACCAACACGCUCCCUCUCACACGCCCCAUGCUGGAGAUGCUCCUCAAUUAUCUCUGCGACCAACUUUCCAAUCCUGGCUCGCCAUACCACAUCCCCUCACUGCUCCUAGUCAUCCACGGUGGCGCAGCCAUGCUCCUCCACCCGUCCUACCAAACGAUCCCGACCUCCCGGCAGAGCACUCUCGACGUCGAUUACCUCGCCCAGCCUUUUAGCACCGAUGUCUGUACGACAAUAACACGCGCCAUCGCUGAGACUUCACGGGCUUUUCCUGGACUAGGCGCUGACUGGAUGAACGCGGACGCGGACGUCGCGCUCCCACCGGGUGUAUGGGAGGGGAGCACACAUCCCGGGAACCUCGCACAGAACACGAUAUUCGACCGGGGGACUGUGCGGAUGGUCAGCGUCUCCCCGGGGUGGGCUGUUGGGCUGAAGCUGAUGCGAUACGAAAAGUACGAUCCUGGAGACGUCGUGGUGAUUCUCCUGAAUGGACUCAGGGUGAAAGGAGGUGGCAAGUGGACGCUGGAGAUUGUGGAGGGCUGGGUAAGGGCUGAGUGUGCGACGAUGGGUUAUGAUGGAUGGCCCGCGUGGAAGUUGGCGGAGAUGCGCGUGAGGAUUCGAGAUGCAGUCCGGUUGGUCGAGGAAUGGUUGAGGGAGAACCCAGGGGUCGUAACGAAGACAAUUACACGUCAGACGAGCGUGAUGUCGGUGCAAGAGGAGGCGGAGAUUCGGGAGUGGGAGAGGAGUUUGAGGCGCGAGAAGAAGAGGACGAAGCCGAAUGGAAGGUAUUUGAUGGGAGAGUGGGUCGAACCGGACGACUCAGACUCGGAUUCAGAGUCGGAUACGUCGACUGAUGGUGAUGUACCGCCCACACCGCAUUUGCCAACAUCCCAGACCAAUGAGGCCAUGGUAAGCCCGUAUCAGCCAUCGACUCAACUUCAGUCAUGCUCCCCACAAGUGAACCUCUAUCAACCACCUACGACGAGCCCUUAUCAAUGCCCAUCCCCCCAGAACAACCCUGUGCCACAGCCUCAUGGUUAUAUCCCUCCCACCAGCUAUUCCAUGCCGUCUCACCCACUCCGGAUGAUCCCACAGAAUAAUCCCACGCGACAAUCCAGCGCCUAUCUCCUACCCAAUACAGCCAUGUGCCCUGUCCCUCCGAAUUUCGUGUCGCCGAUUUACGCAUCUCCCAAUCCGAAUGCGUUUCUCUCGCCUUUCGCCUUCUCGACGCCUUACUAAUAUGGUCGGGUGCUUGUGCGGGCUGGUGAUACCCUCGCCACCCAUUUUCUUUUUUGGACUUAUACCACUGUACUGCUACCAUCUAAUCUAGUAUCUCACCUGUUGUUGUACUCUAUUAAUGAAAGUCCUUUUGCCAUGCUGUC